CAGAAAGUUAAUAUUUGACAUCUUCCUCCCCUGUCACCAGAUAUUCAGGUUUCGGUCAAACAGGUAAAGUAUUGAUUUGUACUGCAGUGUUUGGAUGACUAAUGGGAGGGAGGUUCAAGUGCAGAGCUUAUUACAAGUCGGAGUCUGCAUUGUGUUCCAGAGCAGUGACGGGGGCCACAGUGGCACAGUGAGUCCUACUAAAGUUGGACUACAGGAUACUAAGAAUAGGAGCCAGGGUGCGUUUACUACAUUGCAGCUCAGAGCAGUGAUAUUCAGAUACAGUGAGUCCUGCUCGAGUUGGGCUGCAGCAAUCAGUUUGCUGUGUUGCAAGUAGAGUUCAGUGCCCGAUAGUGACUCUUGCAGGGAGGUUCUUUUGGGGUUUUGGUGAGUUCAGUUAGAUUUUGUGUUUAUCUCACAUAUUUCCUGCUGUUUUUUUGUGCAGGAAUAACAUCUGCUGGGGGCUGUCCUGACACAGCCUGGGUUACUGUAGGUCAGGGGCCCACGUGGUUUUGGGAGGAGGGGAGUGGGAGUGGAAGCUGAGUGUGUGAAAGGGACACUAGCUGCAGAGUCUUUCAAAGCACACAGAGAGUUUGCUAUAGAAGUUAGUGACCCAGAGACUUUCUGAACUAGGCUUUCAAAAGCGUGAAAUCUUGUGAAACUAGAGCGAAGGAUUGAACAAGAUUCAGAGGCAAGGGUUGAGAGUGCAGACUUCCCUGGGAGGUUGGGGGGUAAGAUGAAAGAGGAGGCAUGGGAUGAGGCGUUUGGCAUACCCAGUGAGGAAUCUAUGGAGGAGCAGGAGACGACAGAGGCUGCGGAAAGCUACUCGGAAUGGGAAUCAGAUUCCAUGCAAGAAGAAGCACUGCUCUGGUACCUGGACAGAUUGCGGUCUGUUCCCCAGGAGUACGAAACGAAGAGUGACUCUGAAUGCGAGGAAAUCCCAGCCGUGAGUCUGACAUUUUAUUUCAGUACACGGGCACACCAUGACCACUUUUGUAGAUCACAUGCAUAGCCUUACUUUGCUACACUCGGGGGGUGGGGGGAGAGGUAAAACAUUUCUCUGCCUGCCUAACUGUUAUGGGAGCCUCAUCCCAUUGUCACCAAAGGUGAAAAAUGGGUUUACAUCAGUAAUUAUGUCUUCUGCUCCUUGUCCUGCCAAAUAUAAAGCAAGUGGCUGGCUGAGAUUCAUGGUGCUUGUGGUUUGUUAAAACCCACAGGUCCAUAUCCACAGGUCCAUGUUUUAGAAAAUGAAAUACUGUAAUGUUAUGCCACUGGAGUGAGACUGCUCAGUUUUGGCAUGUGACGCUCGUCCAGCUGGGAAACACUUAUCAGUCAGUAGUGGUGGUGCCAAGAGUUGGCAAAGCUGCCCUGGGGCCAUGUGUAUGCCAGGAUAGAUCUUGUCGGUCUCUCAAAUCCCAUCAUCCUGGAGCAAGGUGUAUGGUGUGGUUUGCUCAAACUGCCUUAGUUGUGACCUAUUCAUAUUGUAGCCUUUAUUUGUGUCCUAGACCAGGCUCCCCAAACUCCGGCCCUCCAGAUCUGGGGAAGCCUGUUCUAGACCAGUGGCUACGGACUACCUGGCACUGUGUGCAAUCUUUGUUUAAACUGGAACUAUGGAUUGUGCCCUUUUUGUCUCAGAUGACACACUACUCGCAUCGAUCUUAAUAUCUCUAAAUAGCAAGAGCUGCUGAGGGCUAGUCAUAACAUCAGGGGGACACGAGAAGGGGCAGGGAGGUUGGAGGUCUUACCAUGUGAUUUUUAUUAUAGGAUUUAAAAAGCAUCACACAAACAGAAUGUAUACAAGCAGCUCUAUAACCAUGCUGAUACAUCAAACCUAGACCAGAUUUAAAUAAAUUCAUAUCAAUUAAUUAACCACAGCAGGAUGGUGUAACAGUCACAGCAAGAUUUAAAAGAAAGAAAACCACUUAUUGUAUAAGUUGCAAUGCAUGAAUGAGGUCAGUCACAAAUAUGCAACAGUUUCAAGAACAAUGUUCUCAUUCUUCUUUCCAAGGAUACAUCCCAAGAAACAGACAAUUCUGGUCUAAUCCAAAUGUAAUCUUUUACCCAGCAAUGACUGUGUCUUAAUAAGUGCCAUUCACUUCUGAAAUGAGACGGGUGCUAAUGUUCCCCUUGGACCAGUCAAGGGUACCCCAUGGGAGACAAAUACCAGAGCAUUACCAAAAUCGUUAUCGAUUAUUUUUUUAGUUUUAAUCUUUUUUUUUUUUUUAUUGUCACAAAUCAUUUUAUACAUUUAGUAUAAUAUAGACAGAAUAUUUGAAGUUACAAGGUUGGCGAAUAGAAAAUGAAAUACUAAACAAAAACCACCUAAACUAAACAAAAUCUGCUCUUUCUAAACCUCCUGUGUUUUUGGGCUUCGAGUUGGUGUAGGAUUGGGAAUAACUACCUUGAGGAGGUUUGUUUUGCGAAGUUAGAGUUAUUUUCUUAAUGCUCGCCAUUGGUGAUUUCUGUAUAAAAUGCGCAUUGAAGGUUUUUUGUUGUUGUUUUUUGUGAACCCCUCUCCCCCCUCCCAAUAAAGCUCAUGCUGCUGGUAUUGUACCACAUAACACUUGGCCAAUAAUAUACAUUUCAGGGUCAGAAAUAGCAUCUUUAUUUAUGCAUCUGGCCCGGCCCUUUGCAGCCAUGCUGUAAACUGAUAUUUGGGCCAUUCCCACUGUCUGGCAUGAUACGUGAAACGUUACAGUGAAUGCCUAAUUAAAAAUAUAUUGUAAACACCGGAGUCUGAUAUGAAAUUAAGAUGGCUGCCCAGUGGACUUCUUUUGGUGACUUCAAGAUAACAAAGCAGUUUGAAUUUUUAAUUCAAGUGCAUUAAAUGUAUUUAUUUUUUUCACUUGAUGUUUAGUGCUUUAUUUUUAGGUUGGUCCCCUAAUACCCUAAGAAUGUUAACUGAUAUUUAAAGGAAACACUUUACAAUUGAUUCUUGUGUAGUGUGUGUUUAUAUUUUAUUUUGUAUUUUUUUUUUAUUCAGAGAUGUACAACUUCGGGAUUCUCUCCGUUGAUUUCAGGGUAACCCCAUUGAGAUGAGGCACUCUAGUCCCUUAGUAUAAAUACAUUAAAUACUAGCAUGGAGAUUUAGGGAGAUUCUAGCAAGUUCCCAUUCUGUUGUCUACCAACUCAUUUGUUACAGAGUGUCUUACGUGCCAACAUUCCCUGGACGCCAUGCCACGGUAGUAAUGACAUCACUCUGAAUCUUUAUGCCCAUUGGGUUUUGUGUUUAUAACCCCCCAUUGUGAUAACAUAUGUUUUAAAUAUGGUGAAACUAGUCUGAUUUUAUUUAAUUUAUUUAGUGGCAAUUUCACCACAUUGUAAUCUAACCACUGAUUCAGAUGAAUAGAUUCCAAUAUGUUACAGUUAUGCAGAACUUGUAGAACUUCGUAAAAAUACCAGCGCCAAACAUCGGUGACUGGGACACUUAGAAUGCACUGAAGGUUAACACUUUUUGGCUCCUUAAACAGUAAACUGCGGGUAAUUGCAAUUUGCAAAGUAGCAAAGCUGAAACCAUGAUUGAUGCGGAGGCUAUUCCAAUUCGGCUGUUCUGCAAUUCACAUCAAUUCACAGUUUAGUGAAUAAUAGUAAUAAUGUAAACUAUUUAAAUAUGCUCCAAAUUUUGGGACAACUGGAGCUUCAUUUUAUGGACUAGAUUUCCAAAUAAGACAGCCACUAUAAAUCUGGGAUUGCCGCUUUCACUUGUAUUGUGAUGGCUCUGCACGCAUUUCCAUACUGGGAAAAAUAGAAUAAAUAUGGUCCUUCGGUUUAACCUUCUCAAUCCCUGCACUCCUUUAAUAAACGUGUACAUACACGCAUCAGUGUUUGUAGCGUAAAUAUUAAGGAUAUAGAUUUGAUCAAUUAGGUAAAUCAAGAUAAAUUUGUCUGAGCAUGAUUCUUUAUAACGUCUUGUUUCACAUGAGCUAUAUUGAUAGUUUCUCUUAUUAACAGUUAUAUAAGAAGUGUAAAGCACUGAUACAUAAAAUGUAAACAAGGAAUCAUUCAUUUAUAUGUACAGACCAAAUUGCAAUCUAGUUUAACCCCUUAAGGACACAUGACGGAAAUAUUCCAUCAUUAUUCCCUUUUAUUCCAGAAGUUGUCCUUAAGGGGUUAAAUAUUAGAAUCAUGUAACAUUUAGAAAUGAAACGUUAGUUAUGUUAUAUUAGAUGAGAUAUUUUCAUGAUUGGAACCUGUUUAAGUGACUGCGUUCCCAGCUGUUACCCUUCCAUCAAAUUCCAAAUUCACCUUCUAAAUAGUUAUAGGUCAUUGGAGACACCAGCGGACUAAGUAUGGGAUUUCUAAACUGAUACUAGAAUAACACAUUUUAGACUAAAAUAACCAUUUAAAAAAAAUUGCCGAAAUUGUGCAGCAAUCUUGGUCUGACAUUCCAAUUCUUUCAAUUUCACUUUAGGAAAUAUAUAUAUUUUUUUUCACUAAACAUGGAAUUUUAAUUGAAUUCAAAAUAAAUUUAAAAUUUAAUUCCAAAAUAGCUCAAUGGGAAAACUUGCAUGAGUCAGCUGUGUGUUCGGUUCUGCCUUUACAUUAAAAGUCUGAGUGUUGCGGUGAUUUGAUAGCCAAGUAGAAGAACCUUCACCAAAUUAGCAAAAUUGGGAAAAAUAGAAGAUUUAGUCAGUGGGUUAUUCUUCAAUCCAUCAAAUUACUGCACAUUCAUGAGCAGUGCGCAGUCUCUUACCUUUAAAACCAUCAGAGCCAUCUUAUUGAAUGGACAGCUGUAGGGACAAAGAUAAGUGUCAUCUAGGAAGUUAAUGGUGUGUUUUUAAAAAAAUUCAAAAUCAGUUGAAAAAUGAUGUUCUCCCGUACAGUAUGCAGCAGUUUAUUUUUUAUAAAACUGUUCUUUCUGGGAGAUAAUAAGAAUGAAGAGAAUCUUUGUUUGCGGCAGGGAGAUACACUUUCUGUUGUUGACAAAGAAAAUGAUCACGGGAGCCAAAUCUUUAGUUCAAAUUGAGGCCACUUAGUAAGUCUUACACAAGAGUUGGUGUUUGUGGCAAUGUGAAUAUUUCCAGACUCUCAUUGCUGACAAUUUAGGUACAGAGUUAUAUCCUGGCAUUUAAGCACUGAAUCUUGCUCUCUUCUCCAACCCAUUUAUCUAUUCUGUCUAUUGCUUUCAGUUUUUGAUAAGAAUUGACAAGAUUUGCCUUCUGCCUGGUCCACAACUCUUUGUUAAUUCUAUCUGUGUAGCAAUGUCUGUGUGUCAAUUAAGCUAUGUGUGUGUGUGUUUUUGCAUACUGUCUCUAUAGCUGUCUGUUUGUGUUUGUCUAAUCUCCCAGUGAGGUCGUGUCUGUUUUUAAAAAAAAAUGUUUAUUUGUCUCCAAUUCUAUGUCCUCCGAUCUAUGUCCCCAAAUUUCUACAUAUGUCUGUCAGAUCUCUACAUGUCAAUUUGUGUAUCCAGAUUUCUGCUUGUGUGUCUGUUCUUUGCUGUCUGCGUGCCUAUGUGUGUUCCUUCUUCUCGGUGUGCCUGUCUGUGUCUCUGGCUCUCUGCGCGCCUGUCUGUGUCUCUGGCUCUGUGUCUCUGGCUCUCUGCGCGCCUGUCUGUGUCUCUGGCUCUCUGCGCGCCUCUCUGUGUCUCUGGCUCUCUGCACGCCUGUCUGUGUCUCUGGCUCUCUGCGCGCCUGUUUGUAUUGCCAGCUGUCCAUUUGCCUGUCUGUGUCCCUAUCUUAUGUAUUGCUGUUAGAUUAGCUGCUGUUACCACAGAGCUGUACAUUGUCAAAUUCAUUUAGCAUAUUCCUGUUUCAUAUUUACAUUUUGUUUGUCUGUCAUCAGCCUUUGUCACUAUUUAAAUAUCCAUCAACUGUAUUUGCAGGUACUAAGUCCAACAUAUAAACAGAGAAACGAGGACUUUCGAAAACUUUUUAAACAGCUUCCAGACACAGAACGUCUGAUUGUAGGUGAGUAUUUACAGAUUACAGUUAAUACAUACCUCCCCAGUGUCCCUAUUUAGGAGGGGCAUUCCCUAAUUUGGGCCCAAAUCCACAGCAAUAAUAAUCCAAGUAAUGUGUCUUUACAGAUACAUUUAAGAAACAAUGUUCUUGUGCUGUUAUAUUUUAGUUUCAUAAAUUGUUAUUAGUAAGUCACCUAUAAUGUCUCAGAACAGAUCCCCCCCGACCUCAACCCCACGCAAAAUUAAAAUGACUUUCUUUUCCAUUUGAAAUAUUGCCAGGUGUGUUAAUAUAUAAGAACAUACAUGCUUUACAUUGCAGGGGGGAAAUGUAGUUUAAGAGUGAAAAUCUUUCAAAUUAGAGCAGCCUUCCACAAAAUGUGGGCCUGGAAACGUAACUUUAGGUUAACGGACGUUAUUGUUACUGUUGCACUAGUAAAAUGUUCAGCAAAGAUAUAUAUCACACUUUAAUAAGUUUGGAUUUUCCCUCUGCUGAAAGCUUAGUUUGGUGCAACGUUGGGUAUGAUAUCCCACAAUGCCUUGCAUGGCAUCCCACCAUUUCUGGGGUCCAUGCAUAAUGACACCAACUAACAUCGUUCUGUGUUCAAAACUCUAAAUCUAGUCUGCUAGUCGAUUGCCACUAUAUUGGACCACUAGCUGUUUGUCAAUAGAAUUCCCAUGAACCAUUUGUUUUCUGUUGACAAAAAAAUCAUUAGUGGUUCUCCAAAAACUGGAUUUAAAAAAUAAUCUUUUUUUUUUUUAAAUACCCCGUUAUUGUAGAAUAACAUGUCCUAUUCAGGUUUCUGGAACUUCGUAUAUAAAAACAUUCUAUUGGCAUGACUCUUAUCUCAUCCCAGUGUGCCGGCAGUGGCCCCCGUUAUCUCCAUUCUUUGUCAUGUGACUCUGAUCACGUGAUCCUGCCACUCGUAUCAUGUGAUCUCACAUUUGUUCUCUUGUGUCUUUGCAGAUUACUCCUGUGCUUUGCAAAGAGAUAUCUUGCUGCAGGGCCGUCUGUACCUAUCGGAGAACUGGAUAUGUUUUUACAGCAACAUUUUCCGCUGGGAGACCCUGGUGCGUAAGUAUAGCAUUUAAUCUAUACAUUUACUGGCGAUUGUGACAGCAUAAUGUAUAGAUUGAUUUAUAUUGCCCAAAUCAGGCCGUGUAUUCCAUAAAUGAUGGGCUCAUUCGCUUUAGCAGGACUUUCUGCAGGCUUAGAGUAGGCCUUUUUCAGUGUUUAUUAUAUGCCUGCAUCUGCCAUUCUAAUGCUGUACAUUAUGUUUUACAGCUGACGGUGCGUUUGAAAGAUAUCUGCUCGAUGACCAAGGAAAAAACAGCAAGGCUCAUACCCAAUGCCAUCCAGCUCUGCACGGAUACCGAGAAGGUAUGUUAUCACACCACGUUAUGUGCUGCAGCACGUUGUACCCAUAGAGGUCUAAGAAGGAUGAAAUGAUCAUCUGGGCUUUCUGCAUUGCUUAUGCAGUUCGGACCGGAAUGCCAUUUCAGUUUUGGACUGUCUUUUUGGUGAGAUCAGUAUGAAAUGCAUGUGGUAUAGAUUCCCUCCAUAAUGGCACAAACAGCCUGUGCUCAAUUCAUGUCUGAGCGAGAACCAUCCGAACUGCAAGAUAUUAAUGAUUUUAACGUAACAAUCUCUGACACUGGAGUGUAUUCUCUAAAUGGUGAACUGACUAAAAUACCCAAACUGUGAUUAGACCACAGUUGAAGUUUUUCAAAUAAACUGGUUUUGACCAAAUUUUGUAAUGUACUACAAUACACUGUUUAGUGGAUAAACCCUUCUGUUUUCUUGUUUUGAAAAUGCCAUUAAUUCUCUCGCUCUCUUUGGGUUCCCAGCACUUUUUCACCUCAUUUGGGGCAAGAGAUCGCACAUACAUGAUGAUGUUCAGACUGUGGCAGAAUGCUCUGCUUGACAAGGUAUGUCAUUCAUUAUGUACAUUCCACCAUCCUACUGCAUCCCGUGCAUCUCCAUGUCUUCUGAAAUCUCCCUUUUAAUUUCCCCUGCGCAGCCGCUCUGUCCCAAGGAGCUUUGGCAUUUCGUUCACCAAUGUUACGGAAAUGAGCUAGGACUCACAAGCGAUGACGAAGAUUACGUCCCCCCUGACGAUGACUUUAAUACUAUGGGGUGAGUGUGUAUGCAGAUCGCUGAGUAACAAAUUUUGAUGAUGUUUGAGGUUAUUUUACCUCUUCGUUCUUGCUCCUUGUUCAGAACUUGGCAAGACAUUCCAAAUUACAUCUUAGAGGUGAAAUAUAUUUAUGGCUAGCGUUUGUUUCCUGUUAAUGGAUUAUAUGUGGGAAAGGGAGUGGUGCAGUUUUACAUUAACAAUUUUGUUUUUAGUUCUUUAAAUUGAGGUAAAAAUGAAAGGGGGAAAAAAAAAACGAAUGGGGAAAAUUUCUGGUCUUUUCUCGUUUUCUCCCCUGCCUUGAGCAGCCGAGCUUCCUAUGAAUCAGAUUGUAUGAUCCCUGAUUCCCACACUGCCCUCUUUGAGUUUGGAGAGACUCUCGUCCUGUAUGAAAUCGAUAGCACUGGUUACAUUUUGUCACUGAGCUUUAAUUUUUGAGUGACAGGUGCAUUUGGAUGGUAUGCAAACCAUUCCAAACUUGUUAGUGAUGAGUAAUGUGUUCCUUCUUGACCUCGGUGUAGCCUGGUUAUAUCAUAUUUUAUUAUAUCUGGAUAAAUAAAAUGUACCAUGUUACUGACUUUUUUUGUAUUUUUAGACGUUUUUAGAUUGUUAUUGUUUAGGUUGCAGAAAUUCUCAUAACUGUUAGACAGAUGGGCACAUGUGGUCCUAGAAUUGGCGGUUUAUUUGGAUCGCCUCUCCUUUCAGGUACUGCGAAGAAAUUCCGGUUGAGGAUGUGGAAGUCAAUGAUAAUUCUACAAAAAGCACCAAUGACAUGAAACACGAAACCAACUCCAACUUGCAGGAGCCUUCAUUAACCAGUAGCAAUGUCACGUCCACUACCAGUAGCGAGGCGCCCCCUGUAAGUGCACCUUUUCUCCAUUCCUAGGUUAUAAGUAGAGGCUGCUUGUAUGCAGCAUUAGGAGUGUAAUGGCAACCCGGAUUCAUUGCAUGUAAUACAUUGAAAGUGCCAUAAUCUGCUCUGUUGGCACCAGUUAUAGCAAUUAUUAGCUCAUUUGAUUUAUAUUCCGUAUGUAAAUUACUUGUCAAGUAUUUACAAUUUUGUAAUUGUAAAGCACUGCGGUAUAUGUUGGCUCAAUAAUAAUACUGAUACUAUGUUAAAGGCUCGUCUGUAUUGAUCUGUCUUGCAGCAGUUUGAUGGGACUAUGCUGGACGACAUAGAUGCUUCAUUAGAAAGGGAGAUGCUAAUUGCAAAUUUCGAGGAGCACAAAGUGGAACUUCUUCCCCCCGUCCUGUCUCCGUCCUUGGACUUUAAUGAUAAUGAAGAUCUUCCCACGGAGCUCAGCGACUCAUCAGACACCCAUGAUGAAGGUGAGGAGUUUCUGUCAAACAAUGUUACCUGCUGGAAUAGUGACCUUGCUCCUACACAGAAAUUAAAGUCCACUCUCAAAUUGGCCCAGUGGCAGCAGAUGUGCAUUAGCUGCUAGGUUUAAAGCUUAUCGUGGAGGCAGUAUUCUGUACUCUAACCUCUACAAUGAACUGUCCUAUUCAUGGUGCUUAGAGUGUCCCUUUAAAAGUAACAGAAAAUUGUAGCCAGUAAAAUAGCUGCAUAUGAUCUUUGAUAGGAACAUACAAAACACAGUGGCUUUAAAACCUUAUUAUUCUUGCAGUGUUGUCUGUAAAACCUAGAACCUGGGUCUAUAGACAAUGGGUGAUUAAUACAUUGUGAUACAUUGAACAGAAAGAUGUAUACAGCUUGUCUUCUGUCACAGGUGAAGUACAAGCAUUCUAUGAGGACUUGAACGGACGUCAGUACGUCAACGAGGUUUUCAGUUUCAACGUGGACAAGCUGUUCAGCCUGCUGUUUACAGAGUCUCCGUUCCUGAGAGACUUCAUGGAGCAGCGUCGAUUCUCGGGUGAGACACCUUUCGGGGGACCAUCCUAGUGAUGAUAACAUUCUUCAGAUUCCAAUCAGUGUGUUCUCCAUCCUUUGAUCCUUCUCAGCUGUCUUCUCUUUUUUAUCAUUUUUUGGUUAAUACAUAUUGUCUCCUCGCUGCAUGAAGUAGUUGACUGCAAUAGUUUGCAGGAUCUCACAUUUUUUUGUUUUUGAUGUCAGAAGUAAUAUUUCACCCGUGGAAGAAGGAGGAAAAUGGAAAUCAGACAAGAGUUAUACUCUAUACCAUUGCACUCACAAACCCAUUGGCGCCCAAAUCUGCUACAGUCACGGAGACACAGGUGAGUAAUAAGCAUCUACAGAGCUGCCCAUCACCUGCUUCCCGAUACAGCUUAGACUAGUGAUUUCUCCAUUCUAAAUUUAGGGACACCAACACUGCAUAAUUUAAGGGUUUUACUAGUGGAGAUAUUGGUAAUAUAUGGACGUUCGUGAAACACGAUCUUAGAACAGUCUUUGUCUCCUCUUUCCUAAAUAUUCUGGCUAGUGAAGGAAAGAGGGUCUGUUACAUUAAAACUCUUGUAUCUGGGUUUUCAAACUCACUCUUGUAUCUGGGUUUUUAGACGUUGUACAAGGCAAGUCAGGAGAGUGAAUGUUACGUUAUAGAUGCUGAAGUGCUGACCCACGACAUUCCUUAUCACGAUUACUUCUACACAAUCAACCGCUACACUCUGACGCGAGUCGCAAGAAACAAAAGUCGGCUAAGGUACAAUCAGCUUUUCAAAGGCAGGAAAUACCUUUGUAAUAAGACAUUUGGUGCAUGUAUUCCCUAGCUCCCUAAAACAUUCAUCAUAUUUCUAAAUAUGUUUUUCUGGUUCUUCAGUUGCCUCAACACCCAGCCUUUCCUGGUGCUGACAGUAUAGUUGUGAUUGAUGAUGAGACUCGGUGGAGGAGCUAGAUCUAACCCCUUCAAAUUAAAAUGAAUCCUUGUAGUAUAUCGGAAGAAGCUGGUGGUCUGUGUGCCCUAUUUUAUUUGUUUUACUUUACACAGCACUGGGUCAAAGACAGGGCACCAGGACUGAAAUUAACAUGCUGGCUUCCUCUCUCUGAUCCAGUUGUGGUACAGACCUCUAGUUUCCUCUGGAAGACCUCACUUCCCUGGCUUCCUACAUAUCUUUGCAAGAUUAUUUAUACAUUUCACUUACCCUUCUGUUUGCAUUACAGGAUCUCAACAGAGCUUCGUUAUCGGAAGCAGCCUUGGGGACUCGUGAAAGCCUUCAUAGAGAAAAACUUUUGGAGUGGACUGGAUGAAUAUUUUCAUCACUUGGGUUAGUUCUUGUUCUUGUUUUUUUUAAGUACACAUUGUCUCAAGGAAACUUUGGAAAUUAUGUUAAAACCCCACGAAGUAAAAAGGAGGGCUUCCUAUUCUGGUUACGGCCUGAGGAGCCCUCGGGCAAAUUAUCUUGCCCUUUAUAAAAGCAUAAUCAACUCUUAAUAUUUCACUGCCUUUUUUGCCAUUUGUGUCAGGAUAUCGAUAAGACCAUUAAAUUGAAAAUGUAAUUUACUGUAACCCAUGCCUUGAGACUAGUAUUCACAUAGUUCACAGAGCGUAAGACUCAGCAUGGGUUUACAUUUGUUGUAGUUAGCCAGAUGUAUCGCUACGGUGAGAUGUUCUGUUACAUAUUUCGUCCCAUCCACCACUGAUUAACUUGGCUCCAGAAACAACUUGUUGUAAAUCAAAAUUGUAAGAUGGCGGACCAGUGCAAAAAUAUUUUGGAUCUCUGCUAUGCUCUCUUGUGGUCCUUGUGUGCAAUUUAGUGACAUGAUGCUGGUAUGUCACACAAUGUCAUCUCACUCUGUAACCAGAAAGUCACGGGAGUUGGAUGACAGGACAGAGCUGAAAGCAGGAAGAGGCAGCAAACUCUGCUCUGUCAUCUUUAUCUAAACCUAAGAAGAAAAUGAAAAUACUACUAUAAUAAUUUUACAUAUGUCUUCAGUCCCUGUCUGCUGACAAGUCCUCGAAACCAAUGCUGAUAAUCGGUCCCUCACCUAACUAGCAAUUCAUAAGCCACAUGUGUUAUAAACAUGUCUUUCUUAAGUGGUGUAAAAUAUGGUUAUAACUUUUUCAUUUUGUCUAUUUCUGGUAAUCAAAGGUUCCGUUCUGAUUGCAAAGUCAGGAUGCUCAGAAAGCAGAAUUUCAGGGUAACCUCACAUGAGGUCUCGUUGAUCAGUUAAUUGCUAUGUCCUCUGCUGUAAUAUUUGCCACUGGUGACCACUGAAAGGUGAUCCUCGAAAUCUGCUCUGCUUGAGUGAUGGAACUUUUUCAAAAUUUUUUUUUCCCCUCGAUUGUUUACAGAUGGGAUCUACAUCUGGCUCGAUAACAUUCUUUCAUGCUGUUGGCAACAACAAAUAGUUCAUCUUGUUAUGUGAGAUGGAAAAAAAAACACUCUUGGGGGAUAUGAUUGCAUGCUUCACAAAGUAUUCACUUGUUUUUUAGAUAUUUUACAAAUACAAUUUUGCAGGAAUUCUGUGAAAAGCUUCUUAUCCAAGUCUAGUGACUGCUGUAAAAAUAAGGUUAACCAUAGGACAGAUCAGAAUACAUACUGUACUAUGGAUUGCCAAGGAAAGCAGGAAUAUUUUUGUAGAUGGUGUUAAUAUAUGUACUGUGUGGACAGUUAUUAGAUAUGACUAUCGAAUGCUGGUUAUGACCUGCAUUUCCCCCCCCCCCCCUCCGAACAUCCAGAAUUCUUAAUGAAAUGGACUUGGCCAGAACCUGGAAACAUUGCUCCGGGAUCUUCAUCCACGCUGAAUAUUUUUCAGCCACAGAUUGAUACAGAGAUCCUCCGAUUUUACCUCUUCUCAAGAGGGCCUCUAAAGGAUUGAGAUCCCUGACUGUGCCACCAUCGGAAAAGGCUGCAGUCCGUGUCACGAUGAUCUUUGUCAAAUGUUGCAUUAUACUUUCAGGAGUGUCUGCUGAUGUGUGUCCUGAAAAGAAUGCAUGCAAUCAGAAGCAAUGUUCAAGUAUGCAGUAUCGUUUAUAUGAUGGACAUUUUGGUAUUAAAAGGGGCAUUCCAAGGAACCCUAAGUGUGGUAUUUAUUGUUCAAAUAGUCAAUGGCAUCAUCCCCCUGGUUUUGUAUCAAAGGGUUUGGGAGAGGUCAGACUUGUUUGGAUCGCUAGUCUUCCCAAUUCUUGAUUGAACAUUAAACAAUGUUUUGCAUGCUUUGCACAGGAUCUCCGGUUUGCAUUUCUGAGCUGAUGUCCUUGUAAACUGGCCACUAAUUGUAUAUUUUUCUGGCUCUCGGUUCUAAAGGUUCCAUUUAUGGUUCUGUUUUUACAGAGAAUGAUCUCACUAAAGCAGAGACAGCAUAUCUAUCUGACCUUCACCGACAGUCCCCUAAAGAAAAGAGCAACAAGAUGGCAUCUGCUCGUCGAAGGAAGCGACCUCACGUGCACAUGCGAAUUCCCCAUCUACAGGAUGUCUUGAGUCCAGUAACCACCCCCACCGACGAGGAGAGGCAACAUCGCAUCAGACACGUGGCAGGUGAGAUAUUUUGCACUAUAGAUGUGCCACCAGCAAACAUUAAAUCGUAAAUAUUUCGAAUUUCAGCAUUCGGAUCCAAACCUCUUGAACGGCCGUUUAAAUAGAUGCUCUGUUAAGGAUCUUGUGGUAUAAAUGCAACCGACCUUUAAUCCUAGGGUUUUAUAUGCCCUAAUGCAGCUGUACACCAGGCAGCUGCCUUCAAAGUCACAGCCUCUUAUUAAAGGGAAAAAAAAGUAGUAUAAUGCUCUGUUCGGAUACUUAGGGGGAGGGGUGGUGUGUCCAAGAUGGCUGUCUGGAGGCCCAACUGGGGAACUGGACUUUGCUCCUUUAGUUGGGUAUCGUGGUGGGAUCACAAUAAAUCUUGGGCUUGUUUUCAGCUGCUUUUAUAUCAAAUUUUCUUUUGGGACUCAAUCCCAAGGUGUUUUGGGGACCUAGCAAUGCCCAUAAAAGUCACCGGCAUAUAGGAAAAACUUGUGCUUAAUAAUUAGCAAAUCUAUGUGUAUGGCAUUUUAAUGGUUGUAAUGACCUACAAAUCUCCUGCCACCUUCCCCGCACAGAUGGAUCCAUACUGUUUAUUUAAAUCUAACUCAGAUUUUUAGUCCAGUGGAUCGAUAGUACAGUUUAAUCAUUUUAAUGCUCUCUUUUAUGCAUGCUUUGUGUAAUGAAUUUAUAGAGCCAUAAAUCAUUUUUAAAGCAGAAUCCGGUUUCCUUUGAAGUGUCUGCUUUGGAAUUCUGACAUUAUUGAUGGCCAGUUGCAAAACUCUGGAACAGUGUGUUCCGGGGGCAAGAAUUUUAUUUUGAGCUAUCCUACUUCUCUGUCAGUGCGUUUAAAGGGAUCGUCUAAGCACUAUAAUCACUACAUAGCAUUACAGUUAAUAUUUGUCUAACGCUUACUCUGUCCCUGUGUUACAAAAAUAUCUCUGUAUACUUUUUAUAUAAUCGUUAUUGUAUUGCACGGCAGAACAUUUGUGAGUGGAUUAUAAAUAUAUUAAAUUAGAAUACAUUUUAACUAACUUCCAAGUAUGAAUAUAAGUAAGUAAUUGGUAUAUGUGCUACUGUGGAACAUAGUGACUGAAAAAUGUAAAUGAAAAUGUUCAAACCAUCACUUAACAAGAUAUACAGAGUUAAAAAAAUAUAUUACUGUUUAUUUUUAACGUGAGUUUAGACACUCAAACAGUUCAAAUUUCUGAAUAUAUUUGCAAUUACAAAAUGUACAUCUCAAGGUUUGAUUGAUAAAUGGCUAAUCAUUUUUAUUGACUAACACGGUUUAAAAAGACAUGUAUUUAUUUACUCCAUUUAGAUACAUUUUUUUGCACGUUUCAAAAUCAAAAAUUUCACCUUCUUGUAAUCGUUUUAUCAGGAAUUGUCUCGGAACACAGUUGGUCUGUUUCUAUGGAAACUGUAUAUUAAAGCAGGUUUUUUUUUUGUUUUGUUUUUUUUAAAUGUCCUUAGGAUCCACCCAGACAAGACAUCUUCCCGAGGAAAAACACAGCCAUCUCCAGAGCAUUUCAAAACUCCUGCUGGUCAUUAGCUGUGUGUAAGUUACUGGGCUCAGAAAAUAACCAAAUGCUUCCACCCAGAGUUGGUUAAAUCUGCAUGCGCGCUAUCUCAGGAUAGUUUUAAAAAUUCAAUAAUUGGAUCUGAAGCAGUCUAUAAAAGGGGACUAGUGUAAAUUGAAAACAUGUAGUCAUUGCUCUCAACUACUCCCCUGCCACCUGGUGGCUAUUUGCGGUACUGUACAAUAAAAUGCUCCUAAACUUAGUUCAAAUUAUUAUUAUUAUUUAUAAAGCACCAACAAAUUCCAUAGCGCUGUACAGUGGGUGGAUUAACUGACAUGUAUUUGUAACCAUAUGAGUUGGACACACAGGAACAGAGGGGAUUGAGGGCCCUGCUCAAUAAACUUACAUUCUAGAGGGAGUGGGGUAAAGGGACACAAAGGGUAAUGAAGCACUCACCGCUUAUUUACUAUUAUAUGUGCAUAUAGAUAAGGGGAAGGCAACCUUGUGAACUGCAUUUCCGUUGAUGCCUUGCUAGCAUUAUGGGAGAUGUAGGCCAUAAUAUUUAAAAUGAAAUAAGUUGCCUACCCGUGUAAUGCUAGACUUAGAAAACAGAGUUUAUAGAUGAUGAUGCUUACCUUACCUGCUACUAUUUAAUUUGAGCUCUGGCCACAGAUUAUUCUUGGCAUUAUUUAAAGAUAUUGCUAUAGCUGUACCAAAAAAAAAAAAAAGUAAUUAGUGAUUGGAUUUGUAUAUUGGUGCUCAAUGGGCUCUCUAGUCUAUUCUGAUUAUUUAGCAGGCAAGUCUUUCCAUUUUUACAACUGAUUCUCUGCUGGGGAGCUGUUCCAUGCAUCUACAGUUUAGUUUUGUCUCCCAUAUUAAAUACAGCAUUCUUAUAUUAACUUAUCUAUUGUAUUCACUAAAACCCAACCACCUUCCGAUUGUAACCACUGACACCUCCCUCUCCCUGCAGUCUGAUUCUCUGGGUGUUUAAAUCCAGAAUACAACAUUCUUAUAUUAACUUAUCUGUUGUAUUCACUAAAACCCAACCACCUUCCGAUUGUAACCACUGACACCUCCCUCUCCUUGCAGUCUGAUUCUCCUAGUGUUGCUCAAUGUGAUGCUGUUCUACAAGCUGUGGAUGUUGGAAUACAGCACUCAGGCAAUGACAACGUGGCAAGGGUUAAGAUUACCGGAAAGGUAAGUGCACUCUGUAGAAUGUCUCUGGCCAGUGCUUGCUUACUGUCAUGGGAUCCUAAUCGCAGCCUCUUUAUCUUCAAAUAGCCGUUUACCACAGUCACAAGCCGAAUGGACCCAACUGUUAGAAUCGCAGCAAAAGCACCAUGACACGGAGAUGCAGAAAUGGAGGCAAAUCAUAAAGUCCUCUGUUAUGUUAUUAGACCAGGUAUAGUACAGAUUUAAGAAUACACAGAACUGAGUGUUAUUCUGUUUGCGAUCCAGCAGUGUAACGGUUAAGAAUAUGAAUAUUUUGAAGUAACCACACCUUGCAGAAUUCUUUGAGUUCUUUUUGCGCCAAUGCAAACACAGGGUGUAGUUAGAUUCCAUAACUAUCUCACGCUGGACCGCACACACAAAUGCGAAAAAGAGAAUACUGCCUGAAAGCCCUGGCCGGCCCUGUAACAUAACAAUUACAUUUAAAGGAAUUGAAUUACCUUUCACACCUAUAACUACUAACUCAAAAUGCUUAAAGGGCCACUUCAAACACCAUAACCACUACAUUGUGUUACAUAAUUACAAGUUAAUGCACUAUUCAAACUCAUUGCAUUAAUGAAGGUUAUAGUAUUUAUUACACAGCCCAUCCAUUUGUUAUUGUUGAGGAGACAAUGAGGGUUUUCACUUCUUCAUUAUCUCUACCAAUGCAUCCAAGUUUGGACAGCAAUAAUUGGAAGUAGUUGCUGGACUAAGCCUCCCCCAGCUCACAGCCUGUCACAGCAACCCAAAUCUAGAGAGUGUGUUUUUUGCUGGGUAGUUGAUCAGUGUAAAAUAAAUAGGGCACAGCUUUCUUUAUAAUGGCACAUUGCCCUAGAUAUGCCUAGUGAUUGAGUUAUUAAGCUGUCCUCAUUUUCUUUUCCCUGAGCAUCAAAAGAAAUGUUUCCUUAUCUCCUUUAUUGCUAUUUUUACUGGAAUAUUAUAUUCUAAAACUAUAGAUAUUUAUUUUCAAAGAUAAGACAAGUAGCAGAAAAUGUGUUACAAUACUAGACUGUAUCAGUCACAUACAAACAUUUUGUGUUUAAAGGGGCACUAUAUCAAUACGAAUACAAACCUGUAUUUAUAACCCUUUUGUGUACCUGUCCCUAUUUAGAAACAGGUCAUCCCGCCCCGAUAUUUUCCAUAUACAUUUUUUUUUUUAAAUCAUUAUUUUCCUCCCCUUUUUCAUUCUGUGCUGCUUACCUUGUCAUCUUGUCCCACAACAUAUCAUGGUGAUAGCUCCAUUUCCCAACUCCUCCCUGCCAGAAAAGAGAGGCUCCAGUCUGGGCUGUUCGAGCUGCCACUUUCCACUCAUCAGUAUUUUUUGAACGCCAAAAACUUAAUAUUUGCGGAUUUGUUAGCUUGUGUUUUUGCUUUUUUUCGGUUUUAUUUUUGUUGUCUGUUUUACAUUGUAGUUUUUAUAUAUUUUCCCUUUGCAGAUGAAAGAUUCUCUAAUAAAUCUUCAAAACGGAAUAAUUUCUCGAGACUUUGCUUCGGAUGCAGAGGAGAAACCAUACCAAUGAGACUUCGGGGCAGACAACGGGGAUAAUAGUGUGCAAUAUAUGUACAGAGAAGAUUUAUAUGUAGAUACAUAUAAAUAUGUAUACUAUGAAUACACAUUUAUAUUAUAUAAUUCUAAAAGACUGAGCUACUCUAGACAGGUAUGAUGUGCUGCCUGCGAUGGGACCCUUUGAACGUACUAUCAAACGGUAUUUUGGACUCUGCAUUUACGUUCUUGUGAAAGAUUAGCGCAGCUCUUCUUUGGAGCAAGGAUCUUUCUCAAUCCAGUGUGUAAAUCUACGCCAUUGCUCUACCUCCGACAUCCGCAAACCUCGUGUAUGUCAGCCUGACGCUGCCCAUGCACCAGAACGGUGCUCACUGAGGCCCCCAGGUGGAAAGGUGCUGAGGAGACAAACAGAGGCACCACAGAACUAUGAGUACGAAAGGAGAAGGGAGCUCUGCACAAAAGCUCCCAGCGGAUAUAUUUUAUCAGACACUAUUAGACUAAUCCGUGAAGACUCUACUGCCGCCAAGCACUUGUCUGACCCACCUUGACAGUGCAACAUCUGAGAAGUGUCCUGUCUCCUAGAUGGAGCAAUAUGUGGAUAAUGCUAGUUUUUAUAAUAUUUUUUUUUUUUCUCUUGAGUAACUUAAAGCUUGAAAAUUAAGGGGUAUGGGUAUUUGUUUUAUACUUUCAAAAAGUAUGAAAUUCCUAUUGAAACAUGAUACAGGUUUUGUCAGCUGCCACUCUCCACUAGGCUGCUGAUGUAGAGACGGUGGACCGUCUGUGGGAGUUCCUUUCAAAACAUUGUUUGGCAUGAACCAUCUGCUGUCUUUGUAUCUCAUUUAGGUGGUUCAUCCAAAAUACAAUGUGUUUAACGCGUGGGAUACAUUGAGAGCCACUGCUUCAGAACAUUUCAGAUGACUGUUUGUCAAACUAUGAAUGUGUCUGGUUAGGAAAAGGCUUGAAUUUCUAAAUGAUUGCUGCUAAGACUCUGGGGGAAAUCUCCAGAUAAUGACCUAUGUAUUUGCAGACAUGAAAAGAGGUCUAUUCAUCAUCUCAAUUGCUUUUUCUGGCCCUUCCUUUUCUUCUGUUACUGUAGCUUGUCUAUAAAUGGUGGGUGUUGGAGAAAGGAUGACUCCAACCACACCUUUGGAAAGGGCUUUCUGUCGACCUGCAGGAUCUGGUCGAUUCUGCCAUAAAUCUGCUUAAAGGUUACUUCUGCUAUAGAGUUGGAUGGACGUGUAGCUGUACAGUGUGGAACACACUGUUUCUUGGCAAUUAUGUGCUUUUUGUGAUGAAGAUUCACCUGACAUGCCUGCUGUAUGAAGUGUCUGUGCUCAUUCUUUGUCAAGAAUAGUGCGGUCCCCUUGUGGUCUUGACCAGCAAUUGCUAACCUUGGCUCCUCAAAGUUUGUAAACUACAAUCACCAUGAUGCUCAGGUAGCCACCACAGUAAUGCCAGAACAACAAAAAUGAAGCGCAUUCAUAGGCAACUUCUACAGGUCUUCAUUUGGAUAGCUAUGGUUUACAGGUGGCUGAGCACCAUGGGAGUUGUAGUUCAAAGACAAGUUUAGCCUUUGCUGAUCUUGAGGGUCCUUAAGAUUGUCCACAUUUGAUGUCUCUACAUGCAUUUUUAACGUCAUUAAUUAUCAGGGUUAUGAAACAAAUGGAGUAUGAUUUACUAAAUUAUGUUAUCCCAAAAGGACUCUCUGCUGUGCCCGUAUAGUUGCUUUUUCCUGUAAAGAGUGCUGUUAGUGUCCCUAUUUUAGCAGCAUUGGCAACAGCCUGUUCGAUAGAUAAUACUACAAGUAUGUUGAGCAGGCGAUAAGGGUAAUAUUGAAGUUUGUAUUUGAACUCGGCUCUGUAGCUUUUCCAAAGAUUGAUGGGUGUGCGUGAUAUGACAUUAUAUGUCUUUGUUUGCGUUUUGUUUUAAUUCUCUUGGCUGCAUAGCAGCUUUUGAAAUAAGGACAAAUGUAGAGUGAGUGAGUGAGUGCUUUACGCUUUCUCCAGUGACUGUUGUAAUACGAAGUGUAUCACUAAGUGAUGACGUAAUUUGAAGACUGACAUUUGGGCAGCAGGAAUUGCCAAGGAUCAGUCUCGUGUUUUGACAGAGAUGCUGAGCACUAUCUGACAAAGACAAAGUUAACUCUUAAGGUUAUUGUAUUUAUUAUUAUUAUUUAUUUGAACAUAGUUCUGUGAACCGUCAACAUUUCACAAUUUUCCUAUUCACCUGUUGAUACCAAGGGAGCAAAAUAGUCCCCUGUUCGUGUCUUUAUUUAAGGCUUGGGUUUUGAGAUAGAUCACAAUAAUAAUUUUUUUUUUCUCUUGGGGUGGGGGGUGGGGACAGACAAAUCCAGACACCCCAAAAAAUCUAUAGGGAACUUAAUGGAUGAGGAGGCAAACCAAACACGUUAAGGAAAUUUACAUAAAUAAAAAACAUUAAAGGGAAUCCAUCAUCUGAAAAACUGCUUUUGCGUUUUUUGUACUUUUUUGUGACUUUUUUUUCCCUUUGUUAGUGGUGAAAUUUAGCUUUAUCCAUUCAGAUUCACAAAUUGAAUCACAUACUUUGCCAGCUGUGCUUUUCAUUGUGCUUUUUGAUUCCUGUUGCUGCUUUUUGUGACAAUAUAGUUUUUCAGAUCUACGAUUCCGCAAAGUGAAUCAUGUUAAAAUUCGGGCAAAGCAGGGGAAUUGUAGGUAGAAAGCUAUAAUUAUCUCAUAUCCCAACCAGGCAUUCUCCCUGCUACAAUUCUAAUUGGUGAUAAGGUGAUAUAUAUAUUGCAAAAAAGGAAUUUAAAAGCAGUGGAGUUUAUUUAAUAAGCUGGGACAAAAACACAAGUGAUAAGUGAUUUUCAGAUCAAAUGAACCAAACUUUUACGUUCUCCAAUAUUUAUUACUUUGACUUGAACUCUACAAUUCCUAUUUAAAUACUGAGGAGCCGAAUUAUGAGUAAAUAUUUACAUGAAGGAAAAACUUGUUUAAAUGCAUUGACUCUACCAUCCUCACACAGCACUGCUUAAAAAUGAACCCACAUUAGAAACAAUUAUUUACCUAUAUUGCUGUUGGGUCAUGUAAAAAAAAAAAAAAAAAAAUCAUAGCUUCAAAGUGCCCCUAUUUAAGACGGACAGUUCCCAAUUGGUGUCCCACUUUUCUAGGAGCUCUGUAUUUUGGGUGUCUGAGUGUAUCACAGAGCUUCACAGCAAUAAUACUCCCAGUAAUGUCUUUAACCCCUUAAGGACACACGAUAUGUGUGACAUGUCAUGAUUCCCUUUUAUUCCAGAAGUUUGGUCAUUAAGGGGUUAAACUACAAUAAAUUUGUUUUAGAUACUUUGAUCUUGUUAUAAAUUAAAUGUAUCAGUAGGUCAUGAGGUCACACAAAAUGUCCUGGAAUAGCCCGACCUCCUAAAAAUGAAAAUAUAAAUUUUUGGCCAUUUAAAAUAUUGGCAGUUGUACAAAGUUGACGGACUUACAGAUUUGCUCAUAAUUCCAGUAGCGCAAAAUAUUCUGUUUAGUAGAGGACUAUAUAGCGAGGGAAUCUGGGCAUUGAAUAGUAUAAUAUAUCACAUAAAUGAACAAUAAAAAGGAUUCACAUAAAUCAGGGUGUUUCUAGACACCCACCGUCCUUAAAGAAAUGACUAAAGAAUAUUAGCGUAUUUUAAUAUUGUUAAAUAAUGGUGUUUACAGCCACAUAAGAUAAUUACGCAAUAUUUUUAUGUAAUGGGUCCUUUGUAAUGGGUGUAUUUAAUUUUUUCAAAUACACCUGUUGACAUAUUGUUUUUUAUUUUAUUUUAUAAAACCAUUUAAUUUCAAAUGACUUAAAUGUUACGUAUCUCUACUUUUGUACAAUAGGAGAACUCAGCUGUUUCAUAUUCAUGUGAUCAACUCACUUGGGCAAAAUAAGUCAUGCAAACAUACUUUUUAGAGCGGAACAUUUUCAUAAUUCCAGUUUUGUUUCUAGAUCUGUUAUAUUGUGUUUAUUUUUUAUUUUUUUUAAGAUUUUGACUAUUGAAAUAGAAGUACCGUAUAUAAACUAUACAAGCAUGUUUCCGGCUGUUUGCCUGUUCCUGUACUUUAGUGUAUGGUCAUGUACUGGCAAACCACCUAAAUGAGAUGAAGAGUUGUAUUACCUUGCCCUGCCGAAAUUCUGUAGAGAAGCAUAAACUACUAUUUUAGGGUAAAUGUGAUAAUUUUAUUACUUUUGCACUUAGUUCUUUUGCAUUUUGCACUUAAUGCAUCAGACAUCAAUUGUAUGAUAUUUGCGCAAAACAAGAUUUUGACUAUGCAAGUAAUAGGUUUUUAGAAUUAAUUUUAUUGCAUGCACCCUCAAUACCCCUUCCAAAAGAAAAAAAAAAUUGAAAACUAAAGGCUGCAAUAAGAAAUGUCUUGAUGAAUGACCACAACAGAAUUCUGCAUGAAUAUUGCAGCUUACAAAUCAGAUUUAAUUCAGUGGCCGUGAUGCGUUAAUAUUUCAAAGUGUUGAGUAAACCGUGAGCGUUGAAUGUAAUUACAUUUAUUUUCAUUUAUCAAGCCCCAAAGAAUUCAGUUUUCGAGAUGGUGUUUGGCUUCCCACUAAAUAUUAAUGGAUGGCUGAUUUGCCCUGUUUAGAGGUUUCUCACUUUUGUAGGGACUUUGCAGGCUGGAAGGUGCCCCUGUGUAUUUAUUUUUUUUCAGUAUUGCAUGUGCACAAAAUACAAAUAUUUGGAAACUUAAAGUGGAGCAAUGACCAUGGAAACCAAUGGAAUCUAACUGCUGACUGCUCUACUUCUAGGACGUUGCUCCAGAUUUAUGAAUAUAAAAAAAAUAAUUCAGGCACUCCAACGAAUUCCAAAGCCACGGCAAUUUUAUUAGAACCAGGAAUCAAAAGGCAACGUUUCGACCCCUUAGGGCCUUUGUCAAGCGGUUGAAACGUUGCCUUUUGGUUCCUGGUUCUAAUAAAAUUGCCGUGGCUUUGGAAUUCGUUGGAGUGCCUGGAUUAUUUUCUAUAUUCAAAAUUCCAUGUUUGGUCCUUUCUGGUACUAGCACUUAUCCAUUAGAGCACCCUGAAUUCCAUGACGAAGGGUUGAGUGCACUUCCACUAUCUCCAUGUUGCUCCAGAUUUAGUCCUUUUUCAUAGAGAGGGGAAAUUACCUGGUUACGAGGCAUCUUACUAUUCAUUGACUCACCUGUAGUGUUACAUGAUAACUAGUUCUAGUGAUAAAAGCUGCAGGGUCAGAAGCUCUGCAGCUAGGUUUGAGGACUCUGGUUGCUAAUAUUUUCCUCUGAUGCGCUUCUUUGCAAUUCAUGUUUGAAUUCUACAGCCUGUUUGUGUGAAGAAGUGGAUCUGAGGAAAGGGUGGCCAUUGUGUCUUCUGCUGGCCUAAUUCAUUUAGAAGUUGACGAAUUCUCACUUAUGUCUGUUUUGUUUUUUUUGCCUGUUAUUUCCUGAUUAUGAUUCUUUGUUUUAUUAUUUAAAAUAUGCUGGUUUUUAACACCCCAGUCCCUGUCUCCCUCCACAUAGGAUAAUGUAUCCAACUUGGGUUUGCUUCCUUAUUUAUGUACAUUUCAUGGUAUGAGUUCCUUAAGUAACUACACCAGUUCCAGUCUAAAACAUUUUACAAUCUAUCACUAUCCUGGUGAUUUCGCUCAUUGUGGUUAUUUAGCACUUUGAUGUCUGACUGGCUUUUUUAAACUUUGGGCAAAUUGUGAUUGGUGGAACAUCUCCACCUCCAAGGUGGCCUGUAAGUACAGUGUGCCCUUUAUUCUAGAAAUAUUAGGGGGAAAGGGAAUAAUCUGUCACAGGGAGAGGUAACCUCAUCGUUCUUCUAAUGAGCAAUACACGUAAUCCUUUGCCUGCCGUCUGCCUGUAUAUAUAAUACACAGUGAGUUACUCGUUUUCGCUGCUUGGCAGGUUAUUACUUUUCUAUGAUUGGUGGUGGCUUCUCUUGGGUUGGACCUGAUUUUAUGUGAUGAAAAUUCCAAGUUUUAAUUUUCUCUGUAAUUAACUAGUCGAAAAAUCUGUCAAUCCCCCUAGUUCAUUGCAGAAAUGAAUUGUUUUAUAAAAAAAAAAAAAAAAAAAAGAUAAAAAUAAAAAAAUGCAUUGUGGGAAUCUUCCAAGAAUUUAUUGAAGGUUAACUUGCUUAACGUAUGUCUGGGUUACAACAGGUCUCUCACUUUGAUUGCAAUUAAAAACAAAUAUUGGACUCCAUAUUUUUUAAUUUUCAAACUCGUGCAAAUCACAAGUGGGACAUUACUUCCUUUUUUGUGUGAAUAUUCAUUAACUGAGUCAUUGAAUUGCCUCCGGUAGAUUGACCUAAAUUUCUAUUUACUAUUCCCAGUGGCGUUGAUAAUUUUAACAUUCCCCAUCUGUGUCCUUGGAGUUCAUCUGAUGGUCAUGUUUCACGUUUCCAAGCUUCAAACCUCAGUUAAUAAAAUAUUUAGAUACAUUUACCCAUGUAAUCUUUUAAAAAACCCUUGUACUUUGCAUGAACUAUGUGCAUGGAAGGCAGUGGUGCAUGGAGGGUGUAUGUAUUCGGUGUUACAGUGUAGACAAGGGUGGGCAGAUGCCUACAGUCCUGAUGCCUUGCGAACCUCCGUGUGACUUUGUAUCAUAUUCAGAAUGAAACGAUAUAUUCCAGUUAGCUUGCAGACUGGCAUUGAGUCAAUAUGUAGAGUACCAACUCCAGCCUCUGUCGUUUUGAAAAACAUAGGUUUUAUUUUGUUAAAUGAAUGCUUGCAGAAUAUUAACCUGUUUCAUUGUCUACCCGUCCCCGCCCAACUCCAUCUUUUAACAUGUAACAUCUAGCCUCUUAUUCCAACUGCUGGUUUCAGUUGAAAAGCAGAAUGUUCCUUCCCAAUAUUACAGAAAUACAUUGUAUACAUAUAGUCUUAUUUUCUAAUUAGUGUACUAUUAAAUGACCGUGCCAUUAAAUAUUUAUUUAGGAGUGCAGACAUUGAAUUUCAGAUUUUGUUUCAUAGGUCAUCCACACUAAAUCAUGGAUUUCAACCUAACUCAAUAACUAACUUAGCGAUAGCACUGUCUUAAAAGAAAAUAUUUUAAUUAAUCUAUUUUAUUCUUCUCCUUUCCCACUCGAUUGUAGCAUCUCAGAAGCACUGAUAUUGGUAAAGGUUAAUAUCUGAAUCAUUUGGUGCUAAUUAAAUCUAGUGCUUGUCUGUUGCACAAAUUCUAUCUCCACUGAUGUUAUGAGUAAAUUAUAUAGACUGGUGCUAUUGUCACAUCUGCUCACUGGUACAAAUAUGUUGGGCAUUAACUGCUGUUUUUUGUUAUUUAUUUUUUUAAUUUAUAAGUUUAAAACAAGUGUAUUAAAUUAAAAGUCAUAUAAUUUUCAUUUGUUUUUAAAAAAAAAAAAUGUAUUCUAUAUUUUUAUGGAUCUUUAAAAAAAAAAAAAAAAAAAGCCUAUUCUGAUAUUUACCCAUAUUCAUAAUUGUGUUUAAAUUGUGCAGCUCGUAUCCAUGCUAAUCCACGUGCAUUGUGUAUUGACUGUGAAUAUUGUUCCCUUAAAUACUGUUGCUUUCAGUGAAUUCUAGCAAACAUCAGGUGUGCUAGCGAUGUUCAAAUCUCUGGUUGACUCUUCCACCGAGAGUAGAACAUUUCCAACUUUGCUCUGCCUUCCUUCCUGUGUACAGCUCAAUCCCAGACUGCCCCCUCACGUCCAUAUUCAGGAAGUCCUGAACUCUUGACUGGUGUUUGAAAGACAACUAUUUAGAAAUGCUUUUUAUCAGCAUUCCUCGGUUUUUAUUUUCUUAAACUGCAAAAAAAAAAAUGUCUGCUUCUGCUUCACAUUCCUAUGUUAACGUUUGUAGCCAAAUACCACUAAGUCCUUAAGGUAAAUUGCUACUGAAAUACCCCUCUAUCUCAUAAGAGAUAGUAAGUAGAGCAUGCCUAGCAGAAGUUGGAAAACGUUGUUCUAUAAGAGUUUGCAUGUACAGGUGAUUUUACCAGUUUUAAAAUAUAGAAUACAUUUAAUGAUUGCCUCCACAGUUAUCUUAGUAUUUCUAGAAUCCAAAGGAUCAAAUUCUGUCAAUGGGAAGAUUUUUGUGCUAAUCUCAUUUAAUAAGUGCAGACAGUGUGAUUAAAUGAUGUCACUAACCUUUGUGUGUUUAGCCACACUCUACCUUGGUCUGGAGUGCCAGGGAACUUCCUGAAAAUGAAAGUGUUUUGUGUUAAUGAAAUGUCAAUCCUAUGGAUCUGGCUAGUAACUUAUAUGGAGUUUAAUGGGCCCCUACAGAUACUUUGCUCAUGAACGAAAAGAUCUAUACAAUCAUGUUUGGCAAUUUUUCAAUUUGUCUCACUGUUACUAACCUCUGGAUGUUUGGAUCUUUAACUGUAAAAACACAAACAUAUAACCUUUGCGCUGUGCGCAGGGCAUUAUAAUAUGGAUCCCGAUAGCUUAGAGAUAAGAUGGCUACGUAGCCAAAACUCAAUGUGAAGUAGCUAGACCAACUCAAAUAUAAAUAAAAAAAUACAAACAAAUAUACAACAACAAAAAUGUGUCUGCGUUUUGUUCAUCCCAUUCACCAAUACACUCCAAAAUCAGUCUGUUACUCACACGUAUUCUCC